GAGUUGGGCGUAUGGAAACAUUAGAACCUCCAAAUCGGACUGGAGGGAAUUGUGCUUGCGUGCUAUUUUGGUCCCCGAAAAAACGCGCGCUCCGACUGUCGGCUGCGACCGCGAUGAUGCACAUGUACGUCCGUGAUGUCGCAAUCUUAAUGCUAGGCGGAUAUGAUGCUGGAAUUGCCGAUAUAGCCUCCUGAGAUUGUACUCUUUCUCCCUCCUUGCCGCAUACGCCCAAGACUGAGCAAACACGAUGCGAUUCUGGAAUCUCUUCGCCCCAAUCGCUUUGCUCCCCAUCGCCACAGCUGAUUUCAUCCUUGGCUCAAUUUAUCUUAACGGUCUUGACGGUGGCACCAAUACUCACGGGGCUGCGGUCAAUUCGUCCGACAACAAUUGCAAAACUGCCGCCACCAUUCUCAACGGCGACUUUCAGUAUGAGGACCCCAUUAUCAAGUUCAAUCUUUGUGACAGUACUGUUGUAAUGAAUGGUGCUAAUUGGAUGCUCGACCCUCAAUUAGAAGGAGCAAAUGGAACAUGCACUCCGAUCUGGUCCAAAGGCGAAUCGUGUGUCCCUGAUAAAUUUGGGUCUGUUCCGGCCACGUGGUAUCCUGAAAUGUACUGCCAGUCGCUCGUGUGCGUAACAGCGACUUUGGAUUGAUGACACAUCCCGUAGAUAAUUGUCAUUCUGCAAAAUGCAUGUACUUUAUACAAUACUUGUUAUCAUUAAUAACGCACGGAGUCUCGCAAGUGAGGACCAUUUGUUGUAACUCUUUACAUGUAGACGACGUAUGUACUAAUAUGU